AUGAAGUUGAUUUUGAUGUUUAUCGCAAUAGCCGUGGCUCUGCCUGCAGCAGCACCUUCGGAAACGGAACGCAGUAAGCCCAUGCCUCGUUUGUACGGAGAUAAGAUCCCCGAGAGGGUAUUAACGCCAAGCAACAAAAAGGUUCAAAGGAAGAUAGUCCUUUACCAUAAUUUUUUUCGGACUCAUGUUACUCCACCAGCUGCGAAUAUGCUGGCUAUGAAAUGGCAUGCAGGUGCAGCUAAGGCCGCGCAAAGGUGGGCAGAAGCUUGUUACGCUCUGACUCACGACAAUGCGACCGGUUUACAUGUAGAUGCUUUUGGAACUUGCGGACAAAAUAUUUUUAUUUCAACUGCUCAGGUUCCAUGGUUCUUCGCCAUAAAGACCUGGUAUUUGGAGCACCAGAUCUUCAAGUACGGGCCGCUGGCAACUAACGAUCUCAGCCAGGUCGGACAUUACACUCAGAUGGUGUGGGCAUCGACACAUCAGGUAGGAUGUGGUUGGGCGAAAUGUAAUGGCACUAGGGGACCUCGUGGAAGACCAUAUUUCAGCUACGUCUGCAACUAUUGUCCCGCUGGGAAUUAUGCCGAUCGUCUGAGCACACCUUAUACCGCAGGACCGCCUUGCAGUGGUUGCAAGGAUCACUGCCGUUUAGGUAAGCUCUGCAAAAACUCUUGUCCAUGGGCCGACCUUUGGGCAAAUUGUCGCCAACUUUAUGAAACGUGGCCAGCUUGGCUUUGUGCAAGUGACACAGAACAGGGCCACGAAAGACGACAAUUUUGUCGGGCAACCUGUAAAUGUCGUAAUAAAAUUGUCUAA